AUGGAAACAGCUUGUUUUACGUACGAAGGACUGCCUGUUUUAAUGAAUCAACAACCAUGUGAUUAUAAACCUCCAGUGUGGAUAUUAGGAAAACAGUACGAUGGAAAAUAUGAUGGUAUUAAAUUUUGCUUUAUUUCCUUUUGUUCGCAACGUAUUUCAUUUUGUCAUAAUUUAUAUUGUCAUACAUACUUUGAUAUUGUAUAUAAAUAUAACCAAAACAUAUAAAGUAUCAUUAUAAGUAUAAAUGUUUGUUUUUCAGAAAUUCAGAAUGCUGUAAAGGCUUGUCUUUGGUUUACAUAUAGAAAAGGUUUUCCAGCAAUUGGUAAGCUAAUAUUUCUCACACAAAAUUAAUAUUGAUGAUUCAACAGAAUUAACCCAUUGAGCCCUUUUGUCGAGUAAAAGUGGUGUUAGACAGAGUAAAAUAAUAAAGUAGGGAGCAUCAGGAUGCAUUACCACUUAAAGGGUUAACCAUUAACAUGCAACGCAUAGCUACUGUACCUUUUGACGAGUAAAAUCAUCUAGCAUUAGACAAAGUUUUACUAAGAAAACUGUUGGCCAGUAUUGAAAAACAGACAGAAUACUGAAACUGAAAAUAAAUGCCAUGCUUGUACAUGAAAUAUUUAUUCCAACCUAAUUUUUGCCAAGACUUCAAGAAACCUCAGUACACUACUGCUAACCUCUAUCUUAAUAACAUUAGGGAGUUUAAGCUUCAUGUUUGAGGGAACGGCAAACAGCAAGACUGACUUUUCUUGGCAUAAUUUUCGUUCAAUUUCUGUGUGUCAUUUUCUUUCAUAUGGCACAGCAUUCUAGUUAUAAAACAACAAGCCCAUUUACUUUUUAUUGCUUUAUAGCGUAAAAUUUUUCUUUGCCUGAUGUUUGUUGUUGAACGUGAAGCUUAAGCUCUCUAUUGUUUAUCGUCCAUCCAUCUAUCUUCCAUCUGUCUAUCAUCUGUCUGUCUACCGUCUGUUUGUCUUUCAUCCAUCCGUCUAACAUCUCUUUGUCUAUUGUUCGUUUGUCUAUCUAACGUCUAUCGUUCUUUGGUCUAACGUCUAUUGUCUCUUCCUAUUCUGUCUCUCAUCAUGCAUUUCUUUAAUAGUCUGUCAUUUUUGGUCUGCUUAUUUAUAUGUUAGCGUAAAUAAUGCAUUGUAUGUGCCAAUACGCAAUAACGAAACCAACUGAGAGGAGCUUCCACGAAACCUAAAGCUUUUGUUUCUUGUAAAAAUGACACAGCGAGUAAAUUUGUUUGGUUGACUUUUUUUAAUGAUACAGCCAGUUUUUGUCGAGAAUAAAAUGUCAAGAUAUAAGACAGGUGGCAUUUUGAUGGUGGUUAGUCUCUAUAAAACCGUGUUAAAAUGAUCUCAUUAAUAAGUUUGAAUACACUACAGGCAAGUGAUCACAUUCAGCAAUUUUGUCAUGUAAGCAAAAGAAAAAACAUGAUGAGUACCGGUAAAAACUUCAGCACAUGUUUUUCGGUGAUUAAUUAUGGGAUUUUUCCUUGGGGAAAUAAAUAGCUGCGGUGCCAAAAAUACAAUCAAUAAUCUGAUUAUGAACGUUUAGACGAAACACGGAGACGAUAUACAGGCCUCGAAUUUAGCAGCGGCCACUGGCCCUGCUUGUUGGCCGCUAUGCCCUCGAAAUAUACUGAAAUCUAUGGCCAGUAGUGGCCUGCCAUCAACCCCAGACUACAGUACGGUACUUAGGCUUUAGAAUACCAAGUGUAUGAUUUGUAAAAUUGGCAAUAAAUUUAAAGUAGUAUUUAAAUGCACCUCCUCCGGCAGUCUGUCUGUUGAAUCAUGUAUUAAAAUAUCCAUAGUUUUGUUUGGCAUUUUUAAAAAUAUUGUUGCUGUUCUGUAUAUUUUUAUGGAAACUCAAACGUUAUUUGAAACUUCAAAAUAGCAACUGAAUAAAAUUUUCAAACUGGCCUUGAAUCUUGAUGCCCUGUGUACUGGCCUUGAUGCCCUGAAAAACUUAGUAACAUUCAGGGACAAACUGGCGUUGCCUUUAUUUUUCUCAAAUUCGAGGCCUGGAUAUAUAAUAGACCAGAGACGUUAGACGCAGAGACGUUAGACGCAGAGACAUUAGACGUGCCCAGACGUUAGAUGCAAUCGAAUUUUGAUAUCAAUCUAAGCGAUCCACAUUUGUAUUCAAGCAUUAAUUUCAUCUCACCACAGAAAAUCUGUACUUGCUUUUAAUGCUGUUCAAUUUCUGUACAUACUCAAAACACAAAUCAAUAUUUUCAGUAUAUUUAUAUUUUUAAAAAUGCAAUAUCAAAUAUUCUAUAUGUAAUAAAAAGAUAUGUAUACUAAUGUAUUUAUCGAUAUAUCAACAUGAUGUUACAAUAACAGCCUAUGAAUCUAUGAUUGGCAGUGGGGCACAUUUCUGCUUCAUACCCAUUAUUGCAUGCAAGAUCUCCCUUAACAAAUAAAAUCAUCUGACGUUAGAGUAAAAUAAUGUUGGGCAAUGUUAUUACAGUUGUGGUAACGGAAGUGUUCACACAAACCAAUUGAUUUGAUACAUUUGACCAAGCCUAAGAAACAAAUAUGUCCCUCAAGCAUAAUAUGCCUUCCAAUCUUUACCUCUUGUCAUUUUUCAGAGCAGGAAUUUAGAGCUGUGCGCCGGAGCCGGAGCUCCGGCAUAUUUUGCUGGAGCCGGAAAACUCCGGCAAACCCCGGGGGGGGGGGGGGGGGGGGGCAGGGGGGCGGGAUUUGACAUUCAAACAAAAUUUUGUGUCAAGUGAUUCAAGUGCUGGUCAAGUCGAUCGUACCCAGGGGCAAUUAACACUGUUUCAAAGAGAUUUCUCAAACUGAAUAAUUCAUAAAGGAAGUAUAUUAAGUCUGUUUUUUGAAAUCAUAGGAAGAUUACAGACAUUUUUUUCCAAAAUUUAUUCUAGAUUUUCUUUUGAAGUAUGGAUUUGUUUGAGAAGGCAUAUCCAACAAUUGCGAAUGUUUUUUCCUAUGAUUUCUAAAUAUGGACUAUUGCCUCAUAUAUUCAACCUGCUUGUCCGUAUAUUGGAGGGAAAACACUUGUUCAUGUUGAAUAUAUUACGUGAAACAUAAAUACAAUUUUUAAUAUCAUAAUAUCCACAUCUUGACAAAUAAAUGUUUGUAUUCUAUUAUUUAUAUUGCUUUAAGAGAAGUGCAAUACAAGACCAAAAAAGUUUCAUUUGUGAUGAAUAUUAAAAAGAGAAAAAUCAACAGUUUAUAUCAGUUUCAGUAGUCCCCGCCAUUUUCCAGAACUGAUGACAUGUGAUUUGGUGGCAAAAUUUAUCCCAGAUGUUCCGGAGAUCCCACUGUGUCCCUGCUCAUUAUAUAUGCAAAUGACAACAAUUUUUAAAAUUUGUCAAAUACCCCUGCCCCCGGGACUGUACUGAUUGUCAAAUUCCCCCCUCACGGGAUAUACUUCCCCCCCCCCCCUCCGCCGGCCUAACAUUGAUAGGUGCAUAAUAGUGUUGUUUACUAUAAAGUUUAAUUAAUAAUUACUUGCUCCGAUCCGUUUCAUGGUUUUGACUUUAGAAAAUUCUGCAAGCGCAUUGCUAUCGCUUUUGAUACAAAAAUCCGCUGACCCCAGUGUAUUUUGGGCGAAAAUACCAUGCUGCCAUGCGGUUUUACUUUUCACUUAAAAUUUCCUUGCCGAAGCAGGAGCUGGAGUUUUGACUGCCAGAGGCUUUUGCACUGGUAUAGCGACAAUAAGCGACUAUUUAUUGGGACGAAAACAACGUGUUGUAGUAGAUGGUGUUUCGUCAAGCUAUCUUGAUGUGACAUCCGGAGUUCCACAAGGAAGUAUUGUCGGCCCCCUACUCUUCCUGGUCUAUGUUAACGACCUCCCUGACGCUGCUGAAUACAGCAAAGUACCCAUGUUUGCCGACGACAGCAAAUGUUAUCGAGUCAUAGAAACGUCAUAUGACACUCAACUCCUUCAGUCCGAUCUGCACUCCCUUUGCAAUUGGUCCUCUACCUCAGAAUUGAAGUUUAAUCUCAAAAAAUGCAUUGGAAUCAGAUUCUCCCGCAAACGUUUAAUUGAGUCACCCGAAUACAGUUUAAACCACGAACUGAUAACCCUUAAAUCAUCUCAAAAGGACCUGGGCAUAAUAAUUAGUAACAACUUAAAAUGGUCACCUCAGAUAACCAAUAUCAUGUCAAAGGCAAAUCAGAUGCUUGGUUUUCUCCGACGUAACUGUAUCCACCUGACUGAUAUGAAAUGUCGACGCUCUCUCUAUCUGGCACUCGUGAGAGCUCAUCUGUGUUAUGGAAGUGAACUUUGGGCGCCUCAAUCAACAUCAAAGGACCUUCUCCGUAUCGAAAGUGUUCAACGACGAGCGUCCAAAUACAUACUUCAAGAUUACCACUCUUCCUACACUGACCGACUGAAACUUCUUAACCUUCUUCCUAUUUCGUACUGGUAUGAGAUGAAAGAUAUUAUUUGUUUCUACAAGAUCAAAUCUGGACUCUACGACCUAAACCCCGAAGAUUAUAUCGACCACCCUACCCAUCAUCUGACCCGCUUCAGUUCAACCAACUGCUACAGACCAACCUUUGCAGAACUGCCUAUUUCAGAAGUUCCUUCUUCAACAGAAUUGUGCCUCUGUGGAACAACCUUCCUGAAGAUCUGAAAUCCUCCACCUCUACUGCCUGCACACUCAAGUAUAAACUGAAGAACUACUACCGGGUCAAACUUGAAACAUUCUUUGACGUUGAUCGUCCGAGGACAUGGAAAACCAUUUGUUCUAAAUGUCGUUCUUGUUCUAUUACUUGUUGUUCAUGAUAGUUGAGAGCGCUCCAAGCUGUCUUUGCAUUUCCAAAAUGUCUUUUGUUUCAGUCUGUUUGAAUAAAUUGAAUUAAAUUAAACGCCCAGAUAAAAACAACACGUACCCGGACAGUCUAUGUUCUUGAAAUCCUAUCUUUGGAAAAUGCAGGGACAGCUAUAUGUAUAAAUCUUUUUUUCUAACUUGAUCAUUUUCCAAACCUUCUUUGCAAAUUUCAGGUCUCUUCAUUUUAAGGCCUGCAAUAUAUGGGCGGUCCAUGUCUAGUUUAUAUUAACUUUGGAAAGUGUAAGGAUGGUUUGGAACGCAUUGAUCGUGUGUUGUAAUUUUGUAUUGUAGCUUUGUUAAAGUUUGUAACCCUGUCUCUAUUGUUUUACAAUGUCAAUGUAAUGUGUAGGUAGGACUUAAUUUGGGACUCCUCAGUCCUGUUGUCUGUACCUUCAAUCGUUUUGUUGAUUGUAAAGUUUAUAAAUAGUAAAUCAGAGCUAAAAUAACCGGAGUUUGCACAGCUCUACAGGAAUUAGCAUUCUAAAGACCAUAGAAACACAAAGUAACAGGGCAUGCAUGCCCAGGAGUUGCAUUGUGGUCAUACUUCCCCCAUUCUUCUUAUGAUAACCUCCAGGUUUUUAAUCAUCUGAACAGCCCUGUAACCUGUAAAUUGUGCCAAACACAUAUGAAAGUAUAUGUUGAGCAACUUAAACUGUUAUAAGAUGAUUUAGAAAUGUUCAGGAGAAUAACUAUUUGAUGCUGCCGUAGAUAAUGUGUGUAACUGUAUUCCUUUCGUUACAGGCGGUACUGGUCCGUCAUCAGAUUCAGGAUGGGGUUGCAUGUUAAGAAGUGGUCAAAUGAUUUUAGCUGAAGCUUUACUACGUAGACAUUUGGGAAGAGGUUAGUUUGUGCAUAUAUUUUAUUUACGUUAACACUGUAAUAAAGUUACAAUUUGUAAUUAAUAAUUAUGAAUUGUCUGUGCCAGUGUAGGUCAGAGGGUGUAGGUAGUGCCAAUAAUAUAAACAAGCUUUCGUUGGUAGGGAUGCAACUACAUGAAAAAUAUAAGGAGAAUUUCUACGUUUUGAGCGAAGGCCCUUCGUCUGGAACUUUACUAGCGGGGGUCAGGAAAAUUACAUGAGCUUUUAUACUAAGAAUAUAAAAGCGUUUUUCCUAUGUUUAACUCUAUCUGUCUUUGCCUGUCAAAAGCAGACAUUGUCUGUACUUAUAAUACUUACCUUAUUCAAUACUUGUUUCAUAUAUUUUGUUUUAUUUGCUGUAGUUUUCUGUAUAUUUGCAUUAAUAUGUUCUGUAAUGUGAUUUACAUUUUUUGUUUAUACUUUGUUUUGACUAAUCCAUCUGAUUGGCUUAUUUUUUGUCAUGUGAUCACUUUUAUAUUCUAAUAGUAUAAAAGCUCAUGUAAUUUUUCCGACCCCCCCCCCCUAUACUCCAGACGAAGGGCCUUCACUUGAAACGUAGAAACUCUCCCUAUAUUUUUCAGGUAACUAGUUACAUCCUCUCAGCAGUGCUCUCUAGAGGUGUGCAAAUCCGAUCCGAUCGGAUUCAUUCGGAUUUCGGAACCAAAAUAUUCAUUUCGGAUCGGAUUGUUAAAGUUGUUUCGUAGUUGGGUCGGAUCGGACUUCGAUAUCCGAAAUAAAAUGAAUUAGUUAUCCACACGCAUUAUCGCAAGAAUUAAUUAUCCAUGCAUUUAUCAAAGCAUCAUCGCGGUUGUCGCUGCAUUAUUCGUUUGAUAUUUCAAUUGGACGUCACUUUGUCAGCUUCUUGACAUGUAUUUCUUGCUUUUAUAUUUAUUUGGUUAAAUAUUUCAACUUGAAUGAGAAAAUUAUUUUAUUAAAAAAUUCUUCGGAUCGGACUGGAAUUCUUUAUCAAAACUCGAAUCGGAUCGGAUUAGACAAUUUCGGAUCGGAUCGGAUUUUGGACAUUAGGCAAUUGUCGGAAUAUAAACGUCCGAUCCGAUGCACACCUCUAGUGCUCUCCCCGUGACGAGUAAAGUCAUCUGGCAUUAGAUAGAGUUUGUACAUUGGGGCACAAUACUGUGAGUAGAUGUUAAUAAUGAAUAAUUAUAUAAUUAACAGCAAUUAAAAGAGACUGACUCACAACAAAAUACUUGAUCCUUUGUACUUGAUACCUAAGCCUGCUUUCCACUAGGCUAAUAUGUUUGUGUGUAGCAAAUCAAAAAAAUAUUGACAGCAGGAUUAGUUAGUCAAAAAUUUCGAUGUGAAAAAGUGAGAACCAAUCGUGAGUUUUUCUGCUGAACAAUCACACCCAUUUGCUUAAUGGAAAACUUGCUCCUCUCUCACUCUGCCCCCUGUUUUAGAGGAAGGAUAUUAUAAGCCCCACUUUUUGAGCUUUCCUUAUUUGAUCUAAAAUUGUCCUCACUGACACUGCUGAAAGUUGUGUUUUGGCUUACAUAUUGGAGUAAAUCAAUAAGCUUCCCCCCUAUUGCUGUAAUUGUCCCUCUCAAAUAAACAGUCUUCAAAUGUGCCUCAAAGAAACAACUCAAACAAGCCAUACCAGGAGGAACUUUUAAGCUGUAUUAAAAUACAUUGUUUACUAGUAAAUUGAAUGAUUUAUAAUUCUGCACUAUGUAGACUGGACAUGGAAUCCUCAAGAAAAAAAUAUGAAAUAUAUGAUGGUAAGUUCUAUUAUAUAUAUAACGCUUCAUGUCAUUCUAUGUCAUAUUUGCUGCACCUACAUGUACAGUACAUCAUGCUUACCAUUUCGGUAAUCAGUUGUCAGGACUGAUCAACGUUUCUUUCAAUGUUCUCUGAACCAGAAUACAAUUUGUGUUUGCAAAGUGCUGUCCAACAGGGACUGGUUGUGUGAAAGGUAGUUACAGUGUAAAAGUUAACUACAGUUAGUGUGAAAGUUAAAGUGGAAGUCAAGUCCGUAAUGUAAACAAACAGUUUGUUUACAUUUUGAACUGCUGUAUUUUUUAAAAUAUGAUGUACUGUCUGAAUAUCUAACACCAUUUUGGUUCGCUAUGCUUCUAGAUGAAUAUGAAAUAGAGUUUAUGUUCAGAGAAAUUCGAAACAUUCGAAAUUUGGGCAUUGUUCACAUUAGAGGUCCUCACAUUGUUAUGAGCAGAACCGAUCAAAAUAAUUUAUUUUAGUGUUAAUUACUAUAUUUAACUACAAAAUAGGGAUUAAAAGGUACAUGUAGUAUUGUAGUUAAUAAUUUUAUUCAACCGCCCCUGGAGGAUAUAUUGUUUAAUAUUCAAUUGGGUUUAAAAACUACUCUUCAAAUGUUGCUAAAACUUGACCAGUACCUCUUUUUGAACGUAUGUUGUUUUUCCAAUCACGUGUGUUUAGCAUCUUAUGUUGUAAGAUGUACGAUAUAUUGUAAAUAUAUACAGUAUAUAUGAAGAAUGAUAAAGCUUUUGAGGUAUUUUUCCUGCAGGUACUAAAGUCCUUUUUGGAUAAGAAAGACAGUUUUUACUCAAUCCAUCAAAUAGGUACUGUACGUAAAUUUAUGAUAAACGAUCUCUUCCAGUCGCCUUCAAUGCUGGCAUAUUUAAUGCAAAGUUUCACAUUUAUUCUGACACUGCGAAUAUACGUUGUCUCGAGCAGGAUUCAAAUAUUUGGCUAUCGAGUCAACGGGGAUUGGUAGCAAGUCUAAUUUGAAGGCUGCUUUCCAGUUAAUUCAUACGACGCACGGGAAAGUUUAAAUCCCUUUAAAAGUUUCUUAGUGAUGAAAUAACUAAAUGGAUAAAAGCAAAGCAAUUAGUUUUGUGCAUGAAUUGAAGUGUAUUUAAAUUUCUCCGUGCGUGUAUACGUGUGUGUGUGUGAAAAGAGCCGAUGUUGUUUGCUAGAAAUAAAAAUUCUACACCAUGCAUAUGUACAGCAACAAUCAAACAAUUGGAAAUUGGUCACAAAGGUGACAUCACCAUGCACUGUUGCCAUUUUUUAUUUCGGAAACUUUCCAUUUCGGGCAUUUUCUUGUUGUACAAUAAACUAUCUGACCAAUUUAAAAAAAUUCUGUAGAGCCAAAUUUAAAAAAAACCCGUUAUAAACAUUGUUUUUCGAAAUAACUUUUUUUAUUGUUGCGCUUAUCUGCUCCAUUCCAAAUUGAUUUCGAAAGCAUUCUGCUUUUGUCACGCUACAGUAUCUAUAUAGAUGUGUUUGCUCGGAAUUUGAUUAACCAAACGAAGGACCUGUCUCAAAUAGCAUAGGGAGAUUUGAUCGCGUGCGAGGAAGUCGUAGUCGUUCUCGUUUCUGUUUUAUAGCGGUAAGCCAGCAAACAACGAGAAAAAUUUUCUAUAAACUAAAUCUCGUGCAGGCUAAAACCCCCUACAGGCGAAAAUCCCCUGCAAGAUUAGCCCCUUCUAUGGGGAACAAGACACGAAUUAAGUGCAAAUAAGUCAUGAAUAUACAGUAAGUGGAGUUAAAAACAAGCCAGAUAUUUGGCAUUAAUAUAUAGAUAAUUUUCGCCAGAUGAACGCUAGCUGCAUAUUAUUUUUGCAGAAAAGAAAAAAGCGCCAGCUUUCUUUGUUUUUUGGGGAGGAGUCGUGAGGACUACGAGAUUUCUCUAGAAUUUCGUACUCAGAUGGGCGAUGGCGACGACUUUUUCGCAUCAAUACGGGGAUGGCGUAAGCAUACAGCCUGCGUUUCGCAUUGACGAAUCUCGUACUCGUAGUCGCUGCUAAAGUUCUCUAGUGAAUGCUGUACUGAAGAUAUUGUUUUUUGGCGUAAAAUGUAUAUUACAUAUUGACGGGUGGUUCCGUUGGAAAAGCUUGUGUAAAGGAAACUUCCAUGCAGAUCAAUUAACGCUGGAACUGCCAGUCCGGGAGCACACAAGAUGCUGCUCUGGUAAUGAUAAUGCCAUCCAUUCUGUCACAGAAGCUAAGUUUCAAAUCUAAAUCAAAGGAACAUUCAUCUAGAAGCAACUGCAACAGUCGGAGCUCUUUUAUCGCACCGUCAACUUUAACCCUGAACAAGUCGCAGCAACAGCGAUCCAAGAAAUUUUCAAACCAGAUGUAAUGUUGUGCGGAAAAGUGAACGUUGACCAGCGGUUAGCGGGGAGUGUUUUUCUUGGAAGAAUGUAAAAGGAACAAGCAGUAGCGAAACAUGAUGACGCCUCUUUACCUUGGGCGGUGAAACACCUUUUGGCCAUGGUAUAGUUAAAUCUCAUCUCGCCAUAUAUAGCCAUGGAAAUAUUCUCUGCGACAGAUGUACGAAUAUCGUCUGAGGGGCACAAAUGCCUUGGUGGCUACGUCGGUGCAGAACAAGGAAAGAGUGAGUGAGUGCGUACAUGGUAGAGUCAUACCCAUGUAUUGAAUAAUAUAGGCGAGUACGAAGCUCAAACAGGUAAAACAGCAUUUGUGAUCUGUUUCCUGCACUAUUUCACCUACCAUACUGUACAACGAUAUCAUCGACACCCAGCUCCUUCUUGCUGUUACAUGUGGGAAAACUAUCGGUAGACGAUCGUAAUCUUCUUGCACUCCCACUCGUUUAGGAGGUCUUGGCAUACCUCUCCUCAUUGAUAUGUGUGCAUUUAAUAAUGAUGACUCAAAGCUGGUAUGUCAAGGUCUUACCGAGACGUUUGUUCGCCAAAAUGAUGGAGAAUGAAUUGGAUCGGCGUGCAUGGACGGCUGAAGCAAUACGUCGUCAUGUAAGGGCCAACUGUAAGUCAACAUCCAAUGACAGUCAAGGAACGCGUGAUAGUGAUAUCGCACAGCUGAAGUGUUCCUACAUCUGGUUGACAAACUUGUCACUUGAAGAAGGGCAUGUGUUAAACAAUAAAACAAGAUGGAAUUCUUCGUUUCAAGCUGUCUCUGGUAUCGAUGGCAGUUGAAACAGCUACCAACUCAAUGUGUCUAUGGUGAGUUAUUCCUUAGCCUGCUCGCAGGCAAAUUUCGUUCAAAGGAAAACCGGAAUUUUGGGUACCGUUUCAAAUUUUCGGGUGGGGCUUCUAGCAGGCUAGUUAUUCCUGGGCGAAGAUUAUUCAUAGCUGACCACGCCCUAUCCCGGAGAUUUUGUCCACCGGCGGCACGAUGAGUUUCGAAAUUCAUUAAUAGCCGCCACUGAUGAAGUUACGUAUGCUGAACCAGCGCUUGCUCUCUUAUCUGCUAAAUGUGUCCGACAAUGACGCUCAUGUCGACUUUCUGGCAGAGAAGGCAUUUUUUUAUGGCAAUUGCUAGAUAGUAUACUUCAAAAUAAGGUUUCCGUUUUUAUCUCAAUUAUUAAAAUAAGUUAGGAUAGUUUUUUCUACGUUAUAAAAACGGAAACCUUAUUUUGAAGUAUACUAUCUACCAAUCACCAUUCUUUGAUGUCAGGGUAUUUAACCCGUACACCUCGACACGCAGAAACUAUAGCGUCGGGAGCACCUUCGACAACAACAACAACAACAACAACAACAACAACAACAACAACGCGAAGAAAAAAAAGAGGCAAUGUAAUCAAUGAGUCGUCCAUGUUUCUUCCACUCAUCUUGUGUUUUGAGCUUUUGGUGGAUGGGACAGAGAAGCACAGCAUUUCCUAACUGCUUUGGCUGACAGGAUUGCUAUGAAGAAGCGUGUAAACCUAAGCAUACUUGUGGGUUAUGCCUAGAAAGAGAUCGCCUUGACACUAAUUCGUGCUAAAGUACUCUGUACUCGUCGAAGUCGUUUGUGGCAUUCUCCAAAACUCUACCUUCUAAUUAUUUUUGAAUAACUUGUCGCAUAAGAACUAUAAAUACUUGUAUAUUUUGUAUUUUACUCCUUAUCAGUCUUCGUCUCGGUGUUUUAAAUAAAAUGCUUCAAUAUUGCAGUUUGAUUAGUUCAGCAGUUUAUAUUCUCUUACCUUUUCUUUUCGUCCAAAAUAUGUAGCUCAGAUGGGCGUUUCUGAAGGCAAAGCCAUCGGUAGUUGGUUUGGACCAAACACUGUUUCCCAAGUAUUAAGGUAA